GGUGAAUGAAUGAGCCGUGGAGAGCCCGUGCACAGUGGGGUGGACGGAGACGGCAGCGCUGUGCUGUGGCUCUGUACGGGGUAAAUGCCCUACUUUGGGCAGUCAGCACAGAGUUAUGAGAUGUACAGCAUCGAGCGCAAUGCGGAGCGGACGGCCACCGCCGGGAGACUGCUCUACGACAUGUUUGUGAAUUUCCCAGAUCAGCCGGUGGUGUGGAGAGAAAUCAGCAUUAUUACAUCAGCAUUAAGAAACGACUCACAGGAUAAACAAACCCAGUUUUUAAGAAGUUUAUUUGAAACUCUUCCUGGCCGGGUCCAGUGUGAAAUGUUACUAAAGGUUACAGAACAAUGCUUCAACACUUUGGAACGAUCAGAAAUGUUGCUUCUACUUUUGAGACGCUUCCCUGAAACGGUGGUGCAACACGGGGUUGGCCUUGGGGAAGCACUGUUAGAGGCUGAAACAAUUGAAGAACAAGAAUCUCCUGUUAACUGCUUUAGAAAGUUGUUUGUUUGUGAUGUCCUUCCUCUAAUAAUUAACAACCAUGAUGUUCGGUUGCCGGCCAAUUUAUUGUAUAAGUACUUGAACAAAGCAGCUGAGUUUUAUAUCAACUAUGUCACUAGGUCUACUCAGACAGAGAAUCAGCAUCAAGGUGCCCAAGAAACAUCUGAUUUAAUGUCGCCUAGCAAGCGCAGCUCUCAGAAGUACAUAAUAGAAGGGCUGACAGAAAAAUCGUCCCAGAUUGUGGACCCUUGGGAGAGGCUGUUUAAGAUUUUGAAUGUUGUUGGAAUGAGAUGUGAAUGGCAGAUAGAUAAAGGAAGACGAAGCUAUGGCGAUAUUUUGCAUAGAAUGAAGGAUCUAUGCAGAUACAUGAACAACUUUGAUAACGAAGCUCAUGCCAAAUACAAAAACCAAGUGGUCUAUUCCACGAUGCUGGUCUUCUUUAAGAACGCAUUCCAGUAUGUCAGCAGCAUACAGCCGUCUCUAUUCCAAGGUCCCAAUGCCCCCAGCCAGGUUCCACUGGUUCUUCUCGAGGACGUAUCAAAUGUGUACGGUGAUGUAGAAGUUGAUCGAAAUAAACACAUACAUAAAAAGAGGAAACUAGCUGAGGGAAGAGAAAAACCCAUGAGUUCGGAUGAUGAAGACUGUCCAGCAAAAGGAAGGAACCGUCACAUUGUUGUCAACAAGGCAGAGCUUGCUAACUCGAUCGAGGUGUUAGAGAGCUUUAAGCUGGCCCGAGAGAGCUGGGAGCUGCUCUAUUCCCUAGAAUUCCUUGACAAGGAGUUUACAAGAAUUUGUCUGGCGUGGAAGACGGAUACUUGGCUCUGGCUGAGAAUCUUCCUGAAUGAUAUGAUCAUCUAUCAGGGUCAGUAUAAAAAGGCCAUAGCCAGCCUGCAUCACUUGGCAGCUCUCCAGGGAUCAGUCCCUCAGCCGCAGAUCUCGGGACAGGGGACCUUGGAGCAUCAGAGGGCGCUCAUCCAGCUGGCCACCUGCCACUUCGCUCUGGGGGAGUACAGAAUGACGUGCGAGAAAGUCCUUGAUUUGAUGUGCCACAUGGUCCUCCCCAUCCAAGAUGGAGGCAAACCACAAGAAGAACCCUCAAAAGUAAAGCCCAAGUUUAGAAAAGGUUCAGAUCUGAAGCUUCUCCCCUGUACCAGCAAGGCUAUCAUGCCCUACUGCCUGCAUUUAAUGUUAGCUUGUUUCAAGCUGCGAGCUUUCACAGACAGCAGGGACGACAUGGCCCUGGGGCACGUGAUCGUGCUGCUUCAGCAGGAGUGGCCGCGGGGAGAGACCCUUUUCCUGAAAGCCGUCAGUAAGAUUUGCCAGCAGGGAAAUUUCCAGUAUGAGAAUUUUUUCAAUUAUGUUACAAAUAUCGAUAUGCUGGAGGAAUUCGCCUACUUGAGAACUCAGGAAGGCGGGAAGAUUCAUCUGGAGUUACUCCCCAACCAGGGGAUGCUGAUCAAGCCUUCUAGCCCUCCCAUGGGGUUGCUGCAGCAGGAAUUCUUACCUGUGCUUCAGCCCAGCAUACAGACCGCUGACAGGAUUUGGGGCAGGCUGGACCCUGCCCCAGAGCCCCGGCCCGGAGGCCUGCUAACCGGGCCGCCCGUCUGUCUCCCUGUCGCCGCCCCCAGGCACCACACGGUCACUCGGGGCAUCACCAAGGGCGUGAAGGAGGACUUCCGCCUGGCCAUGGAGCGCCAGGUGUCCCGCUGCGGGGAGAACCUGAUGCUGGUCCUGCACCGCUUCUGCGUCAACGAGAAGGUCCUGCUCCUCCAGACGCUGGCCUGACGGCCCAGCCGGGCUGCGGAGCCCGGGGACGCCCCGCUCCGCGAGGGACGGCCCUCGGAGUCUGAGCUCCCUGGCUGCCGAGAAGUGGUUCCCAAGAGUCUGAGAAGCUAGUUCUAUUUUUGUCACUUUUUGUAACUUUUGUAAAACAAAAAAAUCAAACCUGUUUUGUAAAUAAAAGCAUCCUAGAUUUGGGAUUUUUAAAAAAUUUUA